AUGGGCUCUCCUGAGCUGGCAAUCGCAAAUAGCAAAGGGAAGAGUACCGGAGGCAAGGCUCCCCGCAAGGUUCUUGCGUUGGAAGCGGCAGUGAAUCCUCACAGCAAAUAUCUACUCCGGGGCCCGGAUCCUGGUUCAGAGCCACCUCCAGAGUUCCCCUGCCGGAGCUGGCGCUUCGCGGAAGGACGCGGCGACCUCGGCUCCGUCGAACUACGGGUGGGUGUCGCCUGUCAUACCGCCAGUCGCGACUGGGCAACAGCCGAAGCGGAAGGACAAGAUGCGGUGGAUGGGUUGUCCGACACCACGGUCACUUUGGCUAUCGCGGACAAAGCGAUGGAGCUCUUAUACCAGGCCACAACAAAACGCUCAAACCUGCCGAGCCUGGAGGAGAUCGAGGGCAAGAUUGUGAGCGUUCUCGACCUCCUCUACGUGCGUCACGAGGACGCCCGCUCGGCCUGGCUAGAUCACCCGCGUGAGGUGCCGUUCGACUUGGGACCAUACGCCGACGUUCACGAGGCGGUGACUAGGAAGGUUUAUCGGCUGUACGGCGACUGUUCGCAGGAACCCUACAUCUUGGCUUCGAGGGGCGGCAAGAUCGUCCAAAUCCCUAUCGCGGAAGAUACACCAUUGCAAUAG